AUGAGUCAUCCUGAGAGAGAAACAUGGGACUGCCGAGGAGGAGAAGAAGGGCCGGGAAUCCCGCCACGGUGUUGGACUGGAGACAUUUGUUUGUCAUUAGCUGUGAUGUUUUUGUUGGUGGGUGACCUGAGUGAGCUGAAUGGGCAUGGAGGGGACACAGCUUAUGGUUUAGCUCCAAAUCUGAUUGACAAAACCCCAAAAGAAUAUGUUAAAUUCAGCUAA